CAAACGAAAACAGAUUCAAAUUCUCCGGCGAAGUCUUCCAAUUCAUCAAUCAUCAUCUCUAAAUCGAUCUCUGGCUUCAUCAAUCAUGCCAGAGAUCGAGAUUAUCCCCUGCGACGACAACAACGCCGCCUUAUUCGGCAAAUACGAGCUCGGAAAGCUUCUCGGAUGCGGCGCAUUCGCUAAAGUCUUCCACGCACGUGAUCGUCGUAACGGUCAAAGCGUCGCCGUGAAAAUCCUCAACAAGAAGAAACUCCUAACAAAUCCAGCUCUAGCCAACAACAUCAAACGUGAGAUCUCAAUCAUGAGAAGAUUAUCACAUCCAAACAUCGUUAGACUCCACGAAGUAAUGGCUACAAAGGCGAAGAUCUUCUUCGCUAUGGAGUUUGUUAAAGGAGGUGAAUUAUUCAACAAAAUAUCAAAACAUGGACGUCUUAGCGAAGAACUCAGCCGUAGAUAUUUCCAACAGUUAAUCUCUGCUGUUGGUUAUUGUCACGCUCGCGGUGUUUACCACCGCGAUCUCAAACCGGAGAAUCUGUUAAUAGACGAAAACGGAAACUUAAAAGUUUCAGAUUUCGGUCUUAGCGCGUUAACGGAUCAAAUCCGACCCGACGGGUUAUUACAUACCUUGUGUGGUACUCCGGCGUACGUUGCGCCGGAGAUUCUAUCUAAAAAGGGAUAUGAAGGUGCUAAAGUUGAUGUAUGGUCUUGUGGAAUCGUCUUGUUCGUUCUCGCCGCCGGUUAUUUACCGUUUAACGAUCCGAAUUUGAUGAAUAUGUACAAGAAGAUUUAUAAAGGAGAGUAUCGUUUUCCUCGUUGGAUGUCUCAAGAUCUGAAACGUCUCAUUUCUCGUCUUCUAGAUAUCAACCCUGAGACUAGAAUCACCAUUGAUGAGAUUCUUAAAGAUCCUUGGUUUGUUAAAGGAGGUCUUAAGCAAAUCAAGUUCCAUGACGAGAUUGAUGAUUGUGAGAAAGAUCAGAAAGUGGAAGAAGCUGUGAAGAGUUUAAACGCGUUUGAUUUGAUUUCUUACUCGUCUGGAUUAGAUUUGUCUGGAUUGUUUGAUGGCUGUAGUAAUUCGGUUGGUGAAUCGGAGAGGUUUUUGUCGGAGAAGUCGCCGGAGAAAUUGGCGGAGGAAGUGGAGAGGUUUGCGAGAGAGGAGAAUCUGAGGAUGAAGAAGAAGAAGGAAGAAGAGUAUGGAUUUGAAAUGGAAGGGCAAAAUGGGAAAUUUGUUAUCGGGAUUUGUAUUUCGCGGUUGAAUGAUUUGCUUGUGGUGGUGGAGGCACGGCGGAGAGGUGGUGACGGUGAUUGCUAUAAGGAGAUAAAUCUCCGAACCCUUGCUGUUAUGAAAUCUGGAUCUGGUGGGAUCGUGGAUGGAUCGAAUCAGAGACAAAGUGGUGGUGGUGCAAGUGAGAAAGCUAAAGUGGAGAAGAUUGUGCUUGAGAUAAAAAAUUGUAGUCUUCUGAUGAUUAAGCUAAAUGAGUUGGAAAGUUUUACAGAUUUGGGUUUAAAAGAAGCUAAAGCAUUGGUGGAGAAUAGUCAUGCAAUUUUGAAAGCUAGAUUGUCUAAAGAAGAAGGUGAUGAUAGAGACGGAUUUUCACAACUUGAACUGAAGAUGUUCUCCUCUCACAACAAGGUCAAGAAGGACAAGAAUGCUGAGCCAACAGAAUGUGAGGAGAGGAGCAAGUUUCUCAGGGUGAAGCCGUUACUGACACAGCUAGGAGCAAGUUUUAAAGUACUUGUGCUCGAUGAAAUGAGUGAUGGAGGUGAGAUCCAAUUAGCUUUAUCAGAAUGGACUGGACAGUGCAUAGUUCCAAACGUCUUCAUCAAAGGAAAACACAUCGAUGGAUGCGAUAGUGAUUAAGGAGUUUCUUAAAGUCAUAGAGACAUAGACUUAAUUUUUUUUUUCUCGCCAGCUUUUGAUUUUCUUUUAGCUUUCCACAAAACAUUGUGUUAUAAAGUUCUCUCAUCAAU